GAUUUUCAUAGCGGUGUUUUCGUCGUUUUGCCAAAGUUCUUCAUAAUUUCCAUUUUAUUAAUUGUCGAGAGUUUUAUUAUUAUUUUUAAUUUCAUUAUCAUUACCUAUUUUCAUAUCGAUAGGUACGUGUGCUUUCGUCGCGAUAUUGAUUUUCUGCUUUCUUUUUAUUUUUUCGCAUUUUUUUUUCUCUCUAUUCCUCUACAUAUAAUAUCGAACUAGGUCAACAGAUAAGAACCUCAACGAAACCUCAGGAAGCUGGAUCCUUCAGCAAUGGAGGAAUCCACAGCGACCGUCCCAAAAGAUGUACCACUACCUCCGCUAUCGACGGCUUCGGCCACUCAACCGUACAGUGGCCGGCCCCCUCCAUCGCCAUUAUCCGGUGGCUAUCUCUUGAUCGUGAUCAGUGAAACGUUAACAGAUGCCCAUAAGGCCGUUAUACUGCAGAAACUCUCCAAAGCAUUUUUAUCUUGGAACGUAGAAGAUUCUGGUAUAGAUAUCGAACGCGAAUUAGCCAUAGUUACUGCCCUAUCGCCCGAAGGAGAUUUUGCAAAAAAUGGCGAAAGACUGAUACAGAAUGCCAGCGAACAUUUAGUAACCGAAAUACUAAUACAUCCGCAGAUCAAUACCAUGCGACAGUGCAUACGUAAUUUACUGUCUAGUUUUACCAAGUAUAGAUUUAUUAUUCACGCCGGAUACGUAUUUUGCGGCAAUGGCUCUUGGAUAUUGCAGGAUGGUACAUUCAGCGUCUCCGAUUUCAUCGACGCUUUCCAAGAAGUAGAAGUACAACGUGUAAUCCGCGCCUACGAGAAAACCGUAAAAAUCGACAUUUGCUGCAUUGCCGAAGGAGGCUGGACGCAAUCACGUCUCCAACAAGAGCCUUUCUCCAAAGUUUGCCAAUUGGAAAUCAACCCUAGCGAUAAAAUAGCUCCCGGUAACGUCGCUGUACGCGAAUUCAUCGACUACCUCGAACAAUACAUUAUUCCAUCCAGUAUCGAACACCUACUCGAACCGUCCGAUAUCGUGGGCAAUAUACGUUUCACACAUCCUACUUUAUACGUAUUUCCUGGCGGUGAAGGAGACGCUGCCCUUUUUGGCAUCAAUGGGUUCAAUAUGCUGGUUGAUGGCGGUUUCAGUAAGAAAGCUUGUUUUUGGAAUUUCGUCAGACAUUUGGAUCGUUUGGAUGCUGUGUUGAUGACUCGAGUCAAUAACAGCAAUAUUGGUGGAAUGUCUGGAGUAGUGGAGCGAAAGGUGUUCUCGCCUGUGUACCCUCAGAUUGGACAUUUCUUCAGUAAUCUUCAGGGUCGAAAACAGCUCCCAUCUCCUGACGGUGACAAAGAUCGCGAACCUCUACUAGUCAAUCUAAUUGAAGAAGGUGAUCGAAUGGUAAUGAACCUGAAACCAUUACAACUGAAACCUCACCAUUGCUAUCGCGAUGCCGCUUCCGAACCAAUCAAUCUUUACCACAAGGUAGGCCACGGAAAACUCGACAUGUACAUCAUAAGUCCCGCCAAAGACAGUCGCGAAGUGAAGGAAUUCCUAAGUCGAUGGAAUAACCACGAUGUGAGGCUGUUCAGUGGUACUUCAAAAACAGGCAACCGUGAAUUACGUGUCCCUUUGCAAAAUCUAGUCUCCAUUUGCGCACUGUUGGUAUGGCAGCCUGCCAAUCCCGAUGACAAAAUUACAAGAAUCCUGUUUCCAGGCAGCACUCCUCAGCAUAAGAUAUUUGAAGGUUUGGAGCGUUUGAAAGCACUAGAGUUUUUGAAACAUUCCACAUGCACAGUGAAAUCAGUGAUGCCUGCACAAACCCCUUUGGUGGCCAAACCAACAGCCAAGAAAUUUGUAACAAAAUUAGAAAAACAAGAAAAAAUACUUGAUGAGCUGGCCAAAUCAGAAGCUCAAGUAAAAUCUGCCCUAGCUGCCAAUGAAAAUGAAGUAGAUAGUGGCCCUCGAUCAUUACCAGUUGACUUGGCAGCUCCAGCUAGUGCUGUGAAGCCCACACCUCUAAAACCCAAACGUAUUGUUGGUAAAUUGACUGAAAAAACUGUGAUGAAAGAAACUAAAUCCAAGACUGAACAUAUAGUCAAGGAGAGCAGCAUGAAACAUGAGAAAUCUUCUAUAAUUGAUGUUGCAGAUUCUCAGGUUGGUAGUGGUACCAAAGAAGCAGUUGAGAAGAAAAAAUAUGAGCGGAAACCAGUUCAGAGACCUACUGUUGCUGCUCCAAAACCCAAACCUCCAGUACCAUCUAAUGAAGAAAAGAAACCUAUAGAAUCUGACAAAUUUAGAUCACCAACAACCCCAAAAAAAUCAUUUGUUGAAAGAAAACCUACCCAAGUAAAAUCAACUACUGUAAUAACUCAAGAAAAAGAUAUCACUUCAGAAGAAAAAUCCAAAGAAACAGAUUCUGAAUCAAUCCUGAGUAAAGAUAACAAAGAAGCUAUGAAUAAAGACAAUGAACAAACAACUGAGGCUGUUACUAGCACCAUUACAUCCAGCACCGCCUCUUCUACAACAAUUGCCCCGGCAAAAGAGAAGGAGACUUCAACUGUGACCAAAUCAAAGGAACAGACCACACAAAGUUUAGCCUCAACUACAAGUACAGCAUCAACAACAACCAAACCAAUAUCCAGAAUAGCACCUAGAACUCGAACACCUCCCAAAGUAUUUCCAGCUAAAAGCCUUAAAGAUGAGAAUAAUCGUAAAGUAGCUGAAUCAAAGCCUAUGAGAACUGCACCUAUUAAAAUUGUCUCAUCAUCCAAAACAACCAAAAAAGAAGAUGAACCAAUUGUAAAAGCAGAGAAAAAACCAAUUACCAAACGUACCAAACCACCAGUGUCUCUAACACCUACUGCAGCAUCUACAAAACCUUCAGUACCAGCUAAACCAUCAUCCCCAGUCAAAGUAGUAAGAAAACCAAUCACAAUCGCCACUAAAAAACUUACUGGGGUUGCUGAUGACAAAAAGUUGAAACUGGAUAGUGAGAAAACAGAUUCAUCAGCUGUAUCAACACCAUCUACUUUGGAAGCUGACACAACGUUGCUGAAAACUAAAGCAAAAUCUGAAUCAAUCAAAGCUAAAUCCAAAGAAUCUACUAAAGAAACAGUCAAGUCAACAGCUGUUAAGAAAAUUCGCCCUAGACCAAAACCUACCAAUGAAACUCAAUCAGACAAAACUAGCAGUGAACGAGCAGUCAUCAAACCCAUUGCUCCUGCUGCAAUUCUCCCAACAACUACUUAUGUUUCCAAUAUCAUUACCAAACAAGGAGAUGAUGAAGAAGAUGAAAUCCUAAUCAUUGAAACAACUGAAAUGAAGUCAGUCUCAAAGCAUGAUUAUGAAGAACAGAAACACCUCAGAGAUCAAAACGAAUCUGAGAAAGAGUCAGAAGUGAAAGAUCUUGAAGUUUCCAAGUCUAAAGAACAACAAAGUUUGGAUUUCCCACAGAUGAAUGAGAAAAACGUGCCACAAGCUGAAGAUAAGGCUGUUGUAACACUAACUCCCGAAGAUAAACAAAAAAUCUUUGGUGAAGUUCAGGGAAUCAUUUCCACUGCAGCUGAAAUGAUAGCAACCUCCAAACCUGCUGCUGAUCAAAAAAUAGCAUCUGCAGUAGAUAAAGCAGAACCAACUAAACCACAAACAAAAGAAAUUAUACAUGCUAGCCAAGAAACAAGUUCUACUACAGCACCUACUAUGCCUGAAGAUGAGAAAAUUGAUUUAGAUGAGCCCAAACCACAAGAAGAGAUUGAAGAAAAAUAUGACAAAGAAGAAACUAAAGAAAAAAGUAUUGAGAAUGGUCAAAAAAGCAAAAUUGGUGCUACAAUACCAUUGGUGGAACAAACGUCUGAAGAUAUCAUCCGCAAAGCUAAACGAGAUAUUGUCAAAACACCUGAUGAAGUUGCUGAUUUACCAGUCCAUGAAGAAGUUGAUGUUUGUGAAUAUGAAACCACCGAAACUAAAGAAGAUGAGCAAUUCAUUUCUGCUGUGACAACUGAAGAAACUAAGAUUGAGGUGGUUAAACCAGAACAUCCUGAAUUUGUUACUAUUACACCAACUUCAUCUCCAGAUGAAAAACCUUUGCCAACAAUGGCAUCAUCAAAAGAAAAAGAUGUCACUGAUGCUACUCAAGCUAAGGUGGAGAAAGAUUCUUCAACUGAAAUAAAAUUGUCUGAAAAAGUUGUUCCUGAAUCAGAUGUGUCUCCCAAAAGUCCCCAAGAUAUUGUUCAAAUCAAAGAUGACCACACUUCAGAUGAAUUCAUCACAAUUGAUUUGCAUUCAAGAAAACCAUCAACAGAUACAACUCCUCAAGAUGAAUUAUUAGAGAAAGAAACUCCAUUGCAUUUAGCAAAAAAAAGUGUGGAUGAAGAAGAAACCUUAGCUUUGGGAAGUAGACUUGCUUCUGAAGACAUUCCAGCUUCAACUACUGAAAAAUCAGAGAACUUAAUUUCAAAGGUUCAUGAAGAUGAACAAUCUGAACAGCCAAGUUUGCCAGAUCAAGUUGAAUACUCUUUCUUAAGAGAAAAAGAGCCUGGCCUUACCAAAACAACAACUUCACAAAGUCCUUCAGAACUAAUGAAAGUAGAUGAACAAACUGCUAACUCUUUGAGAAAAGAAUCAUUAAAAGAACCCCUUGAAGAAAUUUCAAAAAUAUCUGACUCCAAAACAACUCCACAAAGCCCUUCAGAAUCAACAAAAAUUGAUGAACAACUUGAUGAAUCUUUACAAAAAGAACCAUUCAAAGAAUCUCCCAAAGAAAAAUUGAAAUCCCCUGAAUCAAGACAUUCCUCAAUUACAAAAGAAACUCUCAAAUAUGAUCAAACAACUAAAAGUCCCACCGAAUCUGAAAUUAAAGUGGAGAGAGAAGACAAUGUUUCAAGGAGAGAAUCUUUGAAAACAUCUCAAGAUGAGAUAUCAACAAAAAUUGAUGAACAACUUGAUGAAUCUUUACAAAAAGAACCAUUGAAAGAAUCUCCCAAAGAAAAAUUAAAAUCUCCUGAAUCAAGACAUUCCUCAAUUACAAAAGAAACUCUCAAAUAUGAUGAAACAACUAAAAGUCCAACAGAAUCUGAAAUCAAAGUGGAGAGAGAAGACAAUGCUUCAAGGAAAGAAUCUUUGAAAACAUCUCAAGAAGAGAUAUCAAAAGCAUCGCCAGAAAAAUCUCCCAGUUCUACAGAAGAUCUAUUAGAUCCCAGUAAAAUGGCUUUUAGUCCAACAAAACUAGAAGAAAGACUAGACCAGUUACAAAGAAAGGAAUCACUCAAGGUUUUUUAUGAAGAAGAAGAAUCUCAAAAAGAUAUCCUAGAUGAAACAUCAAAGUUAUCACAUGAAAUUUCUCAAACCUCACUUGAUGAUAAAUCAGUUCAGAAUAAAAUUUCUUGUAGUCCUUCAAAACUAACUGAAGAAGAGUCACAAAGAAAGCAAUCUUUGAAAAAUCUCCAAGAUGAUACUCCUGAGUUACCAUCAGAUAAAUCACCAACUUUGCUUGAUGAUAGAAUGGAUGAAAAAGAACCCAAAUCUUCAGAAAAUGAAAUAGAAAGCCCUAUUUUGAUGAAAAAUAAAUUAGACCAGCAUGAAGUUAAACUUGGCUCUUCAAAGUUUGAGGUACCACAAGAGCAGUCACAGAGAAAAGAAUCUUCAAAUGGUUAUCAAGAAGAAAUUCUGAAAUCUCCAACAGAAAAAUCUCCAAGCUUGCCAAAAGACCACUUUAAUCAGUAUGAAACAACUCCAAGCCCUACAAAGUCAGAUGGAGAACAAGGCACUACCCACAGAAAAGAAUCCCUCCUGGAUGAAAUGUCAAAGUUGCAAUCCAGAAAUUUAUCCAGUCCAACAGACAAUGAACUAAAUAAAGUUGCUGAUGAUCUGAGUCCUUCAAAAUUUAGUAACGAACAUGAUCUGCUACACAGAGAACAGUCUUUAAAAGAUCAUGAGAAGGAUGAAGCACAGCUCCUUUCUGAAAAUACUCCCAGUUCCACUGAAUUGACAAAAUCACCUGAAAAACUUGAUGAAAUUUCAAGAAGAGAAUCUAUUGAAGAAUCAUUGGACAAAACUUCAAAUUCAUUUUCAUCGCCCAAAGAGCCAUCUCUCAGUCCAACACAAUCAUCAGAUAAACCUGAAGAGAAAUCAAGAAAACAAUCUAUAAAAGAAUUCUUGGAUGAUACAUCAAAUCUACUCCAAGACUCUUCAUCAAAAUCUGAAACCUCAUCUUUCCAAUCUAAAGAUGAGCAAAGCAAAGAUGAGUCUGCUCUUAGUCCAAUUGAAUCAACACAAUCACCGGAAAAGCCUAAUGAGAAAUCAAGAAAACAAUCUAUAAAAGAAUUUUUAGAUGAUACUUCAAAAUCAUGCAAUGACCCCUCAAUAAAAAAUGAAAAAUCAUCCUCACCUAAAGAUGAAUUGAAUAAAGAUGAGCGUUCUCUCAGUCCAAUAGGAUCAAUGCAGUCACCAGAACAACCUGAUGAGAAAUCAAGAAAAGAAUCCAUCAAAGAAUUUUUUGACAAUACUUCAAAGUUACUCCAAGACUCAUCACCACAGUCUGAAAAAUCAUAUUCCUCGCCUAAAAAUGAAUUAAGAAGAGAUCAGUCACCUCUUAGUCCAGUAGAAUCAACACAGUUGCCACAAAAACUUGAUGAGAAAUUAGGAAAAGAAUCCAUCAAAGAAUUUUUAGAUGAAACUUCCAAGUCAUUCCAAGAUUUCACAACAAAAUAUGAAACCUCACAAUCCUCACCCAAAGAGGACCUAACUGUGAAGGAGAUAUCUCAUAGUCCUACAGAAUCAAUGAAAUCACCAGAAAAAUCAAAUGAAGUAUUCAGGAAAGAAUCCUUGAAAGAAUUUUUAAAUGAAACCUCAAAGCCAUUCCAGGAUUCCACUUUAAAAUCUGGCAAAUCACAUUCAUCACCAAAGGAUGAACCAAGUGAAGAUGAGUCAACUCAUAGGAUAACUGAAUCGACAAAAUCACCAGAAAAACUUGAAAUAUCAAGAGAGGAAUCCUUGAAAGAAUUUUUGGAUGAAACAUCAAGUUUACUCCAAAGCUCCGCUUCAAAGUCUGAAAAAUCACCUGCUUUGUAUAAAGAUAAAUCAAGUGUGGAUGUACCCUCUCAAAGUCCAACCCAAAUGGCGACAUUGCCCGAAAAAUUAAGCGAAUUGUCAAGAAAAGAAUCAUUAAAUGAAUACUUGGACAAAACAUCAAUAACUGAAAGCUCCAAUAAUUUGGCCAAAUCUGCAGUAAAAUCAGAUCAAUCUCUGCAAAAAGAAUUAUCAAAAGCAAUUCCAGAAUCAUUGGGUCUAUUAGAUGAGAAAUCACUAUCAUUAGAAAAGGAGAUUACCAUUGAUGAAACAAAACCUGCUGUGACUAGUCCAACUGAAUUAGGAUUUGAUGAAAAUAUUAAAUCUACUAGAAAACAUUCAGUUACUUUCAAUGAUGAAUCUUUGAAAAUCAUUCCAUCUGAAGACUUAUCUAAUGACCAAUUUAUUGUUUGCAAAAGCAAACACAGAAAAAGAAGUAUUACUGAUGAAAAUUUCCUUGAUGAAGAUAAAAUUUCUCCAAAAUCAGAUAAUAUAGUUUGUGAGAAAGAGUUAUCAACAGAAUCCAAAACUGAAUCAUCUGAUAUGGAAUUAGCAUCAGCAAUAUCAGAAACAAAUUCAUCAGGAAAAGCACUCUCAGAAGCAAGCAAACAGAAAGACUUGGACCUAAGCCCUGAAGAAAAAUCAGUGUUGAUAAAAUCUACACAGUCCCUAGAACAAAAAGAUUUGGAAUUAUCAACUUCAAUUGAAAAAUCAUCCUCAAGAAAGGAAAGUAGAGAAGGACAGACUUUGGCAGACAUUAUCAAAGAUUCUGCUUUUGAUGAAAAAGUCAUUAUGACACAGGUGGAUCAUGAAAGCAUUAAACAGAAUCUCACAGAGCCAGUUUUAUCAAAAGACUCAACCCCAGAAACUACAAAAGAUGAGCUGUGCUCCAAGAUAACUGAACAAGUCAGUAAAAAUACCCCUGAUCUUACAGAGGCUUCCAAACAAUCAACCUCACCAAUAAAAGAAACAGAAAAACUUGCAAGCAACGCUAACUUGACAAAUAUUACUGAAGUUGAUAGUUUACAAUCUGCUCCUACUGAUGCACAAGAGAAAUUGGAAUCUGCAAGAAAGGAGUCCCUUUCAAAAACAGUUGAUGAGAAAAUUAGUUCUUUAGAAUCUUAUGAAAACCCAGCCUCGCUAAGAGAGGAUAUGAUCAAACAGAGUGAUAACACCGAUAUGACAGAUAUCAUCAAACAUGAUACCAAAGAUCCGUCCCCUAUUGAAGCCCCCAAGAAAUUAGUGAAAAAAGAAUCAUUCUCCGAAGCUGUUGACAACAAAGUGAGCCAUGCACAAUCAGUUCAAGAAUCUGUUUUGUCAAAAGAUGAGAUUGAAGACUCAGAGAAACGGUCACUCUCAGAACCAAGCAAUAGAAAAGAUAGUUGUGUAAAAAAUGCUCAAGAAUUUGUUCCAUUGAAAGAUGAAAUCACACAAUUGAAGGAUGAGAAAGAUACCGAACUUGCAGAAAAGGUUGACAAACCAGUUUUCAAAGAUAUGUCAGGAUUAGAUCUUGACAAAAGUGCUACCCAACAAGAAGAACCAUCAUCAACAAAAUCAGUUGACGAUAAUGAAUCUUUCACACAAGUUCUUGAAGUAUCAACCUCUAAAAACCAAAUCACCACAGUGGAAUUGGAUGAAAAUUCAGAUUCUACAAAAAAUUCCUCAAAACCAUCAUCAUCAUCAGAAUCUCCUUCAAAGCUUCUAGAGAGCCAAAUAUCAUGCAAAAAGAUGACUAAAGAUGAAUCUUCACCCACUGAUGUAUUCAAACCAUCAUUACCAAUUGAAAGUGCCACCCUAACUUCUACCCAAGCACAGAGCCAAGAAAAUGAUGAGCAAUUUGUGCCAACAAAAGCCACACCAGAACAGAUACCACAACCUGAGGCAAAAAUUGAAACCAUUGAGGAAGUGAAACAGAAAACCAAAGAGGAAAUUACAAUGAAGGAAGAAGAUCAAAAUGAAUUGACAUUUGAAGAUGCUUUAGAAGAUACUUCCAUUCUAAGUGAAGCAGAAUUACUUCCACAUGUUUCAAAAACAAAAUCAAACUUAACUGAAGAGACUGGCAAAUCAACUGUACUGAUAAAAGAUAUGAAAGUUCCAAGUGCUAUUUCUGAACAACAAGAUCAAGAGAAAUCAACACUUGAUGAGACUUUGAGAAAAUCUUCAAUACAACAGGAAACUAAAAAUGAUGAAAAAUUCAUACCACAAUCACCAAAAUCUCCAAAAGCCACUCAUUCUCCCAGAAAGACUUCAUUGGAGGAACCAACACUCUUUGCAGACGUUUCAAAAGACGAAUCAAAGACCAAAUCCAUUCCAGGAGAAUCCAGCACAUUCUCUGAAAAAUCUUUCAAGACACAAACUUCUUCACCUGAAAAUAAGUUACCUACUCCAGGUGAAACAGGUGAAAAAUUACCUUCAUCACUUCGGAAGGUGGACUCGGCAUCAUCAUUUGAGAUGCAAGAUUCUAAGGAUAGUGUGUUAUCUGAGUCUUACUGCCCAUUAGGAAAAUCAUCAGGAACAACCAAAGAUGAACAUUCCAUGCCACUUGAUAGUUGUUCACCAGAACUUACUUCAUCAAAAGAUUCACAUCCAGCUGAUCACAAACUUUCAACUGAAAAAUUAUCAAGCUUGGAAAACAUUCCCGAUUCUCAUGAAAGCUCUAAAAUACAAUCAAGUUCCCCAGACAAAGAGCCUGUAGAGAACAAAUACAAAUCAGACUCCAAAUUAUCACCAGACUCUGAGAAAGUUGACCAACCAUCUAUCAGUUCUCCUUCCUUGGAAAGUUCGUUAUCAUUUGAACAAAAAACUGUUGAGGAAGCUUGCAAAACAGAUAAAUCAUCCCUUGAUAGAUCAUAUUCAGAGACAACAGAUGCUGGCAAAUCCAGCAUGGAUACAUUUGCAUGGGAAACCUCUCCUGUUAGAACUGUAGCCACAGAUAAAUCUGAUGUAAAAGAUGACACUUCCGUAAAAUCAUCUGAUGUGUUGUCCUCAGAAAUAACUACAUCUUCAACAAUUUCAACAUCUCAAACAAAAUCUAUAGAUGAGAAACAAAUUGAUGAUAGUUCUUCCAUAACAGUUACUCCCACAAAAGAAGUAUGUGGAAUUGCAGCAGAAUAUAAAAGUUCAUCAAACACAGCCACAUCAAAAGCUGCCUUAGAUAUUGAAGCCAGUAACCAGAGUUCAGAUGUUUCUCCAUCUUCACAUGACCCAGAUACAACCACUGUGCCCAGAAAACAAAGCAUGAAAACAGAUUCUGAAAAAUAUCAUGAAAUUGCAGAUCUGCGACAAACUGAUCCCAGAAAACCAAGCAUUCCCACAGAUUCUCGAAAAAGUAGUACAAUUGCUGAUAUACACCAUAUUAGCUCAGAUCUACCGACAGAAGAGUCACAACAAGGUGAUUCUAGAAAGUCAAGUAUCUCUGUGGAUUCUCGAAAAAGCAGUAUAACUGCUGAUGUACACCAUAUUCCCUCAAACUUUUCAACAGAAGAUCAGUCAAAAGAAAAACAAAGGAGUGAUGAUGAAAAAUUAGGUAUAGAUUCACGUAAAAGCAGUAUUGUGUUAGAACCUUCUCAACCCAUCAGUCAACAAGUUGAUUCAUCAACUAGUAAAUCAUACUCAACCUCAACUAAAACUCAUAGAAAAGACAGUCUGGACACUCCAUCAAAUUUAAUGUCAGAUGAUGCUGGAAAACCUAGUCCAAGCUUAGAAUCUCAGAUUAGCUCAGAUUUUUCAAGUAAAUCCACGCCAAAGACGCCUUCUCCCAAAGCCCUUUCCACAUCCACAAGCUAUGACACUUCAGCUUUUAAGAUCUCAUCUGUUGGCAAACAUGAUGAAUUUUCUGAACAUAAGAAGAGUGAUACUGCUCAUGAAUCUCUGAUUAAAUCAGAACAACUAUCAGAAUCCAGAAAAGGCAGCGUUGCAAUAGAACAAUUCAGUGAACUACCUUCUGUACAACCCACCAAGGCUUCCAUACUAGAAAAACCACCUUCAGAGAAAGAAUCUGAAAUAAGUGAUUUGCAUAAAGAAAAUUUGUCUUUAUCAAGUGACCUACCAGAUCCAUCAAAUGAGAUAAAAUCACCACACACCAAUGAACAAACCAAAGAAGUUGAAUCCGAUGUUUCUGAAUUAAAGUCACCUAUAGCUCAGAUUCAACCACCCGCUAAAUCCAUGAGUCCUACUGAUAAUUCAAAACAACAGUCACCUAUUCUUACUACAGCAGCUUUCAAAGAAUCUGAACAAUAUACCUCCAAAGUAUCUGUUGACAGCACAUCACCCAUUACUCAAGAUAGUCUGGAAACAUCUCCAAUCAAAGUUGUAUCACCAGGAAAGUCAGGAUCACUAACCAAAUUGUUGGAAGAAUCAUCAAGCCAUGGCCAUGAUGCAGAACAAACAUCAUCAAGUCUCACACACAUUUCCCAAGAGUCUGACAAAAAAACUCCAACCAACCUUCAAAGUGAAAUGUCACCAAGUGAGUCCACUAGUUUGGAAACGUCUCCAGUAAAGGACUUAUCGCCAAAGAAAACAGAUGAUAAUUUCCAAAAAGGUAAUAUGGUUCUUGAUUCAAAGAGAAAUAGUUAUGCAUUUGAAUCACGUGCCAGCAUUGAGAGUAUUGCUGGGUCUAUAGAUGGUGACCUCGAUUCUAAAUCUUUACCAAGAGGAUCAAUUGAUGUAACAGCCAAGUUUGAUAACCCCUUAGAUGACUAUAUAAUAGAGUCAUUGGAAAGGGCCCCUACCAUCACUUCAGAAUCUCGCCAUGAGAGCUUAGGAGAUGCUUCUUCAUUAACUAGAGCCAUAACAGAAACCACUUCCUUAACAUCUAUGGCAUCAGAAGCUGAUUCAAAAUUGACAUCAAAAAGAAGCAGCAUUAUUUCAGAUUCUCAGCGAUCUAGCAUUGCUUAUGAGCUGGAUAAGGAUGGUAUAGAUUUCCUUCCAAUAAGGAAAUCAUCCACUGAUGAAAUGAAAACCAGUUCAUCAGAACUAUUGCCAGCUACGAAAUCUCUUGAUGUUGAAAACACUCCCAUUUCACCAAAUGAUCAAGAAAUUAUUACCAGCUCAAGAGAGAGUAGUAAUAUUGAAUUUCAAAAGGGGUCAGUGGCAGAUUGUAAACGAGGCAGUCUUACCUCAGAAAACAUCCAAGACAUAACUUCAGAAUCUAGGAAAUCCAGCAUUUCUAUGACUUUAACUACCGACACUUCACCAAAAGAAAGUGUUGAAUCUCAAGAAAGUUCAAUGGCUGUCCUAGAUUCAAAACGAGGAAGUCUUAUAGCAGAAAAUGUCCAAGACAUAACUUCAGAACCUAGGAAAUCCAGCAUUUCUAUGACUUCAACAACUGAUACUUCACCAAAAGAAAGUGUUGAAUCUCGAAAAAGUUCAAUGGCUGUGGCAGAUUCUAAACGAGGAAGUCUUAUAGCAGAAAAUGUCCAAGACGUAACUUCAGAAUCCAGGAAAUCCAGCAUUUCUAUGACUUCAACUACUGAUACUUCACCAAAAGAAAGUGUUGAAUCUCGAAAAAGUUCAAUGGCUGUGGCAGAUUCUAAACGAGGAAGUCUUAUAGCAGAAAAUGUCCAAGACAUAAUUUCAGAAUCUAGGAACUCCAGCAUUUCUAUGACUUCAACUACUGACACUUCACCAAAAGAAAGUGUUGAAUCUCGAAAAAGUUCAAUUGCUGUGGCAGAUUCUAAACGAGGAAGUCUUAUAGCAGAAAAUGUCCAAGACAUAAUUUCAGAAUCCAGGAAAUCCAGCAUUUCUAUGACUUCAACUACUGACACUUCACCAAAAGAAUGUGUUGAAUCUCGAAAAAGUUCAAUGGCUGAAUCUAAACAAGGAAGUCUGGUUAUAGGAAUCAUCCAAGACACAUCUUCAGAUUCUCAGAAAUCUAGCUUAUCUGGAAGCAUUGUUGAUCCAACAAGAGAUCAUUUAUUUAAAGAUUGUAAAGAAACAGACUGUGAAACUUCACAUGACUAUAAUGUACCCUCAGAAAUGAAACAUAUUACUGACACUUCAACAAAAACGUGGACCACAGAUACUAUUCCUGAUUCUAGGAAAAGUAGUACUGCCUCUUUUGUAGAACCUGUCUCAAAAGAAACAGUGAUCUCAGAUUCAAGAAAAAGUAGUUUGGCUCUAGAUUUGAGAAAAGAAAGCUCUGCUUCUUUAACAGACUCUGCCUCAAAAGACCCAAUGAUUUCUGUAUCCAGAAAAGGUAGUUUGGCUUCAGAUUCAAGAAAAGCAAGUUUGGGUCUUGAUUCUGGUCCAAUCACUUCCACUUCUGUACUUCCUGAAACUGUAUCAAUUGAUGAGUCUUCUGAAGAUAGUGUGCAAACAAAGAAAGCAAGUUUAUCAUCAGAUAAUUUGGCAUCUGAUACUAAAGAGGUCACUUCUGACAAAUCUAUGCAUGAGCUUUCUGAAUCUAAGCAUGAUAGAGCUAUAUCUGAUGCCUAUGUUUCCAUGAGCAAAGUGUCAACUGAAGGCACAAUGAAGACACCAUCACUGCAGCAGUCUACAACAGAUUCUAGGAAAAGUAGCAUUUCAGACUCCAGAAAAGCAAGCAUAACAUCAGAUUUUGGUGAAAAGGGCAUUCUAGAUGAAUCAUCGGCUCGGAAAACAUCUUUGGUGGUGAAUGAACAAAACACUGAUACUACAAACAUCAGUAAUGAUUCACUCUCCAGUAGCUUCAACAUUGAAUCCAGCAGAGAUUAUAUUAUAUCCGAAGUUGAAACCAAAGAGAGUACACAGAGUUCAUCUUUAAAACACUCUUCAAUAGAUGAUGGCAUUAGCACAGAGAAAUCUACCAAAACUAUUACAGUAGUUGGGAAAAUGAGCACUUCGCCAUCAGAUGAUGUUAAUGUAGGCACAAUUGACUCUAGAAAAAGCAGUCUGGAUUUACCUGAAUCUCAAAAGGCCAGUGUUGAUUCUUUGGCGAAAUCCACCUCAGACAUCACUAAACAAAGCAUAACUUCUACCUCUGAGUCAACUACCACCUCUUCAGCCUCAUCUUCCUUGCAAUCAAAAACUAUUGUUGAAUCAUCUACAACUAGUGACUCUUCAGUAGAUAUGAAAUUACCUACAAAUAAACAAGAAAUUGUGAGUUCAACUUCUGAUGCCUCAAAAGCCCAAACCUGCAAUGUUUCUCCUUCAAGUACACAUAUGACUACCACUAUCAAAGAACAAACUAAAGAAGGAAAGUUUGAUGGUUCAUGCAAACUUAUUGAGUCACAAUCUAGUCAGUCAAAAUCUAGUCAAAGUAGUACAAUAGAGUCAAAAUCAUCAGAAUUUCACACAGAAGCUUCAUCCUUGGAGAAAUCAUCAAUCAUUGAAGAUGGUUCUUUUCCUUUGGGCAUAACAUCAUCAUUAACGACACAGAAAAUCACCACUCAUGAUAGUCAAACCUCCGAAUCCUCAACAAUGCACACCACUGAUCAUUUGACAGAGACAAUCAAGACUCAUCAUACUAGUACAGAUACUACUAACAGAAUUUCUCCAGACUCUGAUAAUACCCUUGAAUCAAGAAAAUUAUCCUCCCAUCAACUGGGUACUGUCACUACCUUGGAGACUUGUGAUAUAGACCUAUCACACCGCAGCCCCAGUCCAGAUUUCCAUUCUCAUAAAUCAUCCACUUACACAUUUACAACAAUAGGUAGCCCUGAUGGCAGCAGCUCAUUAACAGAAACUAUUUCUAGACAUGAUCUAGGCAAUGUUGAAUCUCUCAGUACUGCAAAAUCUGAUCAAAAAUCAUCAGUUAUACUCAAAGAAAGUUCUAAAGUGGAAGGUAAUCAAGCUCCAACUGAAACUAUCUCUCAAACCACCAGUUUAGAGCCACAAACAUCUAAUACCGCCACCAAAACAACUGAAACUAUAGUUGGAGAUUCCAAGACUGGAAUCACUACUACCACAACUACUGAAAUCAUUACCUCAGAAUCUCCUAUCAAAGCAACUAGUCAGGAUACAGCAAUGAAAUCAACAAGCACUACUCAUGUUGAGACUGUUUCUGAUAUUGAUCCGUCAUCCAUUGAUUUGGCAUCAUUUGCAGCUCUCUCAUCCAGUGACCAAUCUCACCCAGGAGCAAACACCUCAGAUGGUGCAUACUCAACCAUAGAAUACCAAACUAUAACUAAAUAUGUGGUAAUCCCAUCAACUGAUGGUAGUCCUUCCAGAAUUAAAAAAUAUACCACUGAAAUCAUACCAACAUCUGUUCGAGGGAUCUCAAGGGCUGAGUAUGAAAAACUACAUGAUUUUGAUGCCUCGGCUACCAGUCAACAAGAAAUUCCUGGUACCGCCAAACCAACCCUUCAAGAAAUGGAUUCCAAAUCUUAUGAAUCAUUUACACAAAUUCAUCCAUUUAGCACAGUGUCUAGCACCAUGAAACAUGAUCCAGUCACAAAAAGUAUUUCAGAACCUCAUAUAUUAACCUCACCUGAUUCUGGUGCAUUGUAUAUGGAUGCUAAUCAAAUGAGAGUUCAAUUUCUAGCAGAUUCCUCUGCAACUGUAGCUACAGCUACUGUCAAGAAAUCCGCCUCAGGUGCUGUCAUUUCUAAAGCAAAUAGUGAUGAAACUUAUGACUCAACAGUAUCAGAUACAUUGAGUGAUUUAUCCGCUAACAAAUUCCAUAAAAAAGAAGCUGUCUCUAAAACAGUGAGUUUACCUAUAUUGGAUGAGGUAACUAAACAAAGCAGCAUAGCUAAUCAACCAGACACCUCUGAAGAUGUAUCUAGAUCUUUAACAUUCCUGGAGAAAAUUGCAUGCACUGAUGGUGCUAAAGCAGCUAUUUUGUCAGAUCCUUCAUCACUUAAUAAACAACCUGAUGAUGGUGAAUUGCCAUCAAAAAGUGUCAGUCUUCCCGUAAUAAAACGUCCUGAUGACUCUGAGAAAUACAUGACUUUACCCAAUCUCUACAAGGCCACCAAUCUUGAAGACCUCACAGCUGAAGAUAAAAUUAUAGAAGAAAGGACAGUUAGUACUGAGACUUUUAGUUCGACCCAGACUUCAUCAACUGGAAGUGCCAUACAUCCCAUUAAAGAAUCUGAAGAAUCAAUUGAUGAUGAAAACCAGCCAACUCUGAUUAGACAAGUAAUUGAGACCACCACCAAGAUCACCUCGCAAUUGGUCGGCGCUCUACAAUCAGACUCCAGUUCUCCUCAACGAUCUCAAACAUCACAUUCUGAAGACCAUGAAUCUGAUGAUGGUCGUAGUGACACAAGCCUCGAACAAUGCUCACGUAUAACCCAACACAGUGGUGGUGCCGGACACGAUUCUUCACAAAUUUGUGAAAGCGACGAAGAUGAACUUGGCGAAUCUACCAUGAGCACUUCAUCCAAUAUAGUUCAUUUUAAAGAAGAUGACCAUAUCCAAGAGCAGUUGGCAACUCUCCAAGAGGAAACUAUGCGUAAAAUGUCCUCCAGCAUGACCCAGUCGUUUUAUGGAACAUAUCCUGAUGAUGAAGAUGAUGAAAACGAUCUACCAGAAGACUCUAGGGGACCAUCUGUGUCUUCAACUAUGACUCAACCUACUCAAGAUCCAGCAACUGGUGAUAAGAAAGACCCUAUUAAAGAUUGGGGUCGGCCAUUAGGAUUGCCGAAUGUUCGAAAUGUCAAUAAGUUCUUGAUAUGGAAUCCAAUAGAAGAAUGGGGACGACCUUUGGGUCUACCGAUGCCUGCUCCACCUCCAUCAUCUGUCCAAGAUCGUGAAAGCAAUGGUGACAUUGAGAUCAACUUGGCUCCCAUUAAUCCGCCCACUAAUAAUAACGUCACCAAAGGCACACCAACCAAGAAAGUGAUCAAGAAACCAGCUGCUACUGAGAAGAUUAAUACUGCUAGGGAAACAUCAAAAACCAGAGACUCGUCUGUAAAACGUACAAAACCAACAAAACCAACGUCUCCAGUAUAUGUAGAUUUGGCAUAUGUACCACAUCAUGGCAAUCCUUAUUACACGACUGUAGAAUUCUUCAAACGAAUAAGAGCCAGAUAUUACGUAUUCAGUGGCACUGAUCCUAGUAAAGAUGUGUUCAACGCUCUGAUUGAAGCCAAGAAAACCUGGGAAGAUCAAAAUUUAGAGGUCACCAUAAUUCCUACUUACGACACUGAUGUACUCGGUUAUUGGAUCACCGAAAACGAAGAAACUUUGGCUAAUUUAAAAAUCGACCUAUCACCUUCAGCAAGUCGUUGUACGAUUAAUUUGCAAGAUCACGAUACCAGUUGUUCAGCAUACAGAUUGGAGUUCUAAAUUGAAUAAUUUUUUUAUGGAUCCACAGUACCUACCUACUUAAAAGCAAUCUGCUGAGGAACGAGUGUUGCUAUAUAAAAAAUGAAAUCCAGCGAACACAAUAUUGAAUAUUUUGUUUAGUUAAUUGAACCUUUGAUAUAUUUGUAUUAAUUAAUAUCGCUUUCCGAACAAUAAUUUUUCUCCUCAAAUUCCGCUAAAUAUUGCAUCUGAUAAAGAAAAUAAAUUAUCACCCUCCCCCCCUCCUCUCCAUACCCCACUGAAAAUAAAAUAAAUAAAAAAAAACAUUUGGAGUAAAUAAAAAUUCAAGACUAGGCGGAUCAAAAUACUGAUAAGUCUGUGAUAUAUUGUUAGAAUUUUUAUGACUAGACUUUUUUUUAUUACUUUAUUGUUAAUUACAGUUCAAUUACUCGCAUACUAAUUACUGCUAAUCCAUCAACAGUACAACUCGAAGUAACAUAACGCAAUCGUCUAAUAUAAUUACCUAUCCGUUUUUUUACCCUUAUUACGAAAAAUAUCUAAAUUGGUUUUUAUUUUUUUUUUUAUUAAAAAACAAAUCCCAAUACCUCGGAAAAUUUACCUACUCGUCCAUAAUCGUCCACCUACUUAUCUACUAUACCUACUAAAAAUGCAAUCGAACAAGUUGUAAAAUUUGAACUGAGUAACACAAAAUUUGUUAAAUGGAACACAGGGUAAGCCAUUCGUGGCUUCAGAAGGAAAGGGGAAUUGAAAUUUUCUAUUCGCCGAAACGUCGAACAUACCUACCUUUUUAUACGAUUUAUAUCGCUGUCCGUUUGCAGGAAGCGAAUUAUCCUAAUGACGUACUAGGUAUACCUUUACGAUGACUUAAAAUAAUUAUGUUAUAAUUAUUACACGAAUUUGUGAUUUUUUUUUCAAAGCGUUGGUGCUAUACUUAACGUUUAAUAUUUCGAAUGUGUUAACCUAAGCUAAGGAAUUUUCCCCUUCUCGCUUCUACUUAAGUGUUUUUAUUUUAGGUGUUUUAUUUUUUUCUCUUUUUUUUUUUGGUUUCGUAUUAUUGUUUUGAUUAUAUUGUAAUGUUUUUUUUUCUUCGGUGUUACGUCGGUACCGUUUUUUGACAAUGGGUACGACAGCUUUAUCCGACAAUGUGUAGCUUUAAGCUUAUAAACUUAUAUAUAUAUAUUUUAGUGUAGAGGUAUAAUUUUUACUUAUUACCGUUUAUUUUACGCCAUUAUGUUACAUAUCCUGUCCAAAACUGUUGGUUUUCCUUCACUCAAACGAAUACUUGAAAGUCUAUAAGCUAUGGUCACGAUGUAGUCUAAUAUAUGGAACAAACAGUCCUCCGGUUCUCACAAUCGAAAUGUUAUGGAAUAUUAUUGUGAGAAAUUCCAUCCAGCACGAACCCAUCAAGUUAAUACCUACCUAUGAUUUUUAUGAAGAAAGAAAUGCUUGAUGGAGAAUUUACGAAUCAACAUCACAGUCCAAGAAUUUUAAUCAACAGGCAAAGGGCCUAUUCGAAGCAGAAAAAGAGACUGUCAUCUUGGAUGAUAUGACCACGAAACUCAACAACCUACCUACACCAAAAGUAUCUUGAAAAAAUACUUAAUCCUAUAUGAAUCAGAAUUUCUCAAAAAGAUAUCUACAUUCCAUGGAUAACGAAGAAAUCAAUUCAAAAUAUGUUCAGUCCUUCCUAAUUUUUCUUCUCAUACUCAAGAAAAUGUCCAUUUUAUACUUAUAUACCUUCUCGUAAUGUAUUUCAUUCCAUCGAAAUUCCUCUUCGAAAACCACGAACAUAAAACAAAAAGGAAAUAGCUUAUUCGAAUAUUUUAAUUUUAAAAUUAAUUUAACCUUAAAUAAUGCUCAAUAAAAAUCCUUUUAAAAAACGUCAAAGUAACGAAAUAAGUUCGGCAAAGUGAGAAAUCUUAUCUGUGAUGUUCUUCUUGGUGCCCAUUAUGUAAUGUUGCAAAGGCAAGAAGGCAAGAAUACCUACGUAUUUAGUACUUAGCUAUAUAAUGAGUCAAUUUUUAUAAAGUAUUUGUAUCUCUGAAGAAGCAAUCGUACAUCCAUAAAAAAUGAAGUGAUACCCAGAGAUGACGAAAUUGAUUUAUAGAAAAAAAAAAAAAGUUAUCAAGUAUCUAUUUCUCCAGCCAUUUCCAUUACCUAUUUUUAUUUUAAUUAUAAAUUCAGAAAAGCCUCUUUAUUUUUUUAGAUGAAAAAAGUGUAUGUUAUGGUAACGCGACGAAUGUGUGUCGUUCAUUGUACUCGUAUGAUUCCUUUUAUUAAAUUUUACUUGUUAUGGUUUAUACAUUAUUUUAUAUUCGUAUUUAAAAAACUGGAUGUUUUUUAUUUUAUUUUCUUUUUCUUCCUUUACUUAAUUUUUUCCUUUUUGUUUCGCAUUAAAUAUAUACGUACCGCAUUAUGUAAACUGUGUAUUAGAACGCAAAAUAAAAUUAUUUAAAAUGAUGAA